GGCUGUGAAUGUGUAACCACCCUUUUAAAUCUAACUCCUGUUUGCCUGGGCUCUGACUCUUUUAUAAUUUAUGGUAGUAGGCAAGGAGAAAGUGACACCACCUUACCUCUACUGCGGCACUAACAAAAAGGUUAAGAAAAGAAAAUUAAAAGUAUAUUAUUCAUUUCCAUAUUAAAUGCUGAUGAUCAUGACUUUCACUUUAAGUUUUGUUUUUAAAUGAGUCACUUUCUAAGAGGCUCUUAUGGACCCCACAGUCGGUGUUGGCAUGUAACUCGACACAGUCCUGUUGUUCUCUGUGAGGGAGCGGCUGAUCGCUCAGUCCAACAGAGCGACAGCACUGAUGCCUGCCUGCUGCACCAUGAGGGCUAAAGCCUCGGACAUGAACAACAAGGACUGUGUCAAAGUGGCCGUCAGAGUCCGACCCUUCAACAAGAGGGAGAGGGACGCAGGCAGCCGCUGCAUCAUCUCCAUGGUGUCCAGCUCCAUCACCAUCCAGGACCCACGUGACUGCCAGAACCGUCGCUCCUUUUCUUUUGACUACGCCUACUGGUCUCACAGUGGCUUUGCACGAGAGCGCAGCGGCCUCUAUGUGCCCGAAGAACCCGGCGGACGAUACGCUGACCAGGACAGUGUGUUCCAGGACCUGGGAGAGGGGAUCCUGGAGAACGCACUGCAGGGUUACAAUGCCACACUGCUGGCCUACGGGCAGACCGGCUCAGGGAAGAGUUACUCCAUGGUGGGCUAUGGGCCUAACAAAGGACUGGUUCCUAAGCUCUGUGAGCGGCUCUUUCAGGCCAUGAGAGAAAACCAGGAGACGAGACAGUGUCAGGUGAAGUGUGUGUGUGUGUUUCAAGUCAACAUCAUUUACCAGCAUCAUGUAUGGAUAGGAAAACUCCAAAUGUCUUUGUUCUUGAUUUCUGCACAGGUCUUUUUCAGUAUGCUGGAAAUCUACAAUGAGCAGGUGGUGGACUUACUGUCUCGGGGGUCCCGCACUCCUGGAGGACUCAGAGUCAGAGAGGAGCAGCACAGAGGCUUCUAUGUGGAGGGACUCCGAACAGUCCCGUGUGAGAGUGCAGCCCAGGUGGAGCAGCUGAUGGAGCAGGGAACCAGGACCCGCACCACAGCUGCCACUCACAUGAACGCCAACAGCAGUCGCUCGCACAUGCUCAUUAUCCUCCAGCUCAAACAGAUCUUUUCCAAAGAGAACAUCACAAAGCAGUCCAACAUUAAUUUGGUGGACCUGGCUGGCAGUGAGCGUCAGCGGUCGUCUGGGUCGGAGGCUGACAGACUCAAAGAGGGCACAGCCAUCAACCUGAGCCUCACCACUUUGGGCAACGUUAUCAGUUCCCUUGCUGAUGUGGCGGUGGGGAAGAAGGUUGUCCAUAUACCCUACAGAGACUCAGUUCUUACUAAGCUGCUGCAGUCUGCUCUGGGAGGCAACAGUCGCACUGUCAUGAUUGCCACACUGAGCCCUGCUGAUAUCUGCUAUGAGGAGUCUCUCUCCACCCUGCGCUAUGCUGAGAGGGCAAAACGUAUCCAGAACCGAGCGGUGGUGAAUGAGAGCCCCACUGAGCGUCUGGUGAAAGAGCUGAAGGCUGAGAACGCCAGGCUGCUGCAACGACUGAGCCGGCUGGGCCAAGAGGGACGCAGAGCCACCGACGAGACGAAGGAACUUCGGCAGCUGCUGACCCACAAUGAGCUCCAGAUCAGAACCAUUCAGACACUGUGGGAACAACACCUACAGGAGGCGCUGAAAGACUGGGAGCAACAGUACGCUAACAUCACACAGGAGAGGAGGAUGAUGCAGAUGCACCCCUACAUCCUGAACAUCAACGAGGACGCUCAGCUGUCAGGGGUGGUCAAGCUUUUCAUUCAGGAGGGCGAAUGGGACAUCGGCCUGUGUGAGUCUUCACCAAGAUCCAUCUCUAUCAGGGGCUUAGGGAUCCAAGAGCGUCAUGCUGUGUUCAGGAAUGAACAGCGCCGGGUGACACUGACCCCGCUGGCAGGGUCAAAGGUCAUUGUCAAUGGCAAUGCUGUCUCCCAGACGACUGAGCUGCAACACCUGGACCGUCUCAUUCUCGGUUCAAACUGUACCUACCUGUUCAUUGGUUAUCCUUCUGAGAGGGGCGGGGACGACUGGAGCCGCUACGACUACGACUACUUCCAGUCUGAACUGGCUGCUGCUGAAGGCAUCCAUCUGGGUGAGUCCAGUGCCGGGUCCAGUCAGACAGACCCCAGUCUGCUGGCCGUCUUCUACGACUACAUCAAACUGAUGCCCAUGAUGGCUGAGGCCAACCAGAUGAGCCAGGAACUGAACAAGGGGGUGGAGUUUAAGCUGGAGAUCAAGAACCUGGCGCUGUCGGAUUCAAAAGGCCACGAUCUGGAGAAGGAGAUUGUUGUCAGAGUCACUGCAAGGGCAAAAAAACAAGUAUGGAUGUGGUCCAAGGCCAAGUUUGUGAACCGUAAAUUCCUGAUGGAAGACGUGUACCAGCAGCAUCAGCUUGAGAAGAGCGGAGACAAUAGAGCAGAGGGGCUUUGUACAGCUGCCUUACCCCGAGAAAAAGACCCGUUCUGGGAUCCUGUGGAACCUCUGCUCCUGGGCACUGCUCACCUCUGGCUUCAGUCUUUGGCCUUCCGCAUCCCGCUCGAAGAACAGCUUGAGGUGCUGGGGUCAGAGGGCACAGAGGAGGCCAUUCUACAAGCACAGCUGGUACCCUGCACCUCCGCAGGACUCCCUCUGGGUGAGGAUGAAAUUCUGAUCGACCCAUCUGAGUUACUGGGCCGACGACUGGACUUCCAGCUGGUAAUGGAACAGUGCUGUGGCCUCCGCUGGAUCAGAGAGGCCCGUGACAGAGGGGUCCAAAUUGGUUUCAGGUUAUUUGACUGCAGCCAGACUCUAUACACUCCAGCUGUGUGGCACAACAUCAAUCCUCUGUUGGAUCACAGAGUUCACUUCGCCUCCCUCCACACCUCCCAACGUCUGCUCGACUACCUGCAGAGCAGCGCUAUAGUGCUGGAGCUGUGGGGACUUCAAGAGGGUUGUACUGACCUGAUAUCAUCUCUGGAUGAAGUGAGGAUGACUACAGAGGGUGUCGUAAUCCUCGAGGAGGCAGACCCAACAGACUCUGCGCCUGUAGAGUCUGCACAGCUCAGCUGUUCAGUGAGAGCUCUUCAACAGGACUUGGAGGAACUGAAGAACGUCAAUGCCUCACUGAGAAAAGAAAAUCAAAGUCUGAGAGAACAACUCAGCACAGCUAGGAAUGGUGUGGAGAGUGUGCGUGGUCGGUCAGUACGUCCCAGCUGCGAUGCAGAGUUUGCCCGCUCCCUCAAGGUUUUCUACCACAGCAUGACCUCAGUCCGGGGUCAGCUGCAGCGCCUGCGCAGACACAGGCCCAGUGAGGACUCUGACCUGCUGGGGCUCAGGCUGUUUGUGGAUGAGCAGAGUGGUCUGCUGAGGGACUUCUCCGAGCAGCUGGAACACAGCGUCUCCACUCUCAAACAGGAUGUGGCUGCCAUUGUUCGCCGCAAACGAGAACGGACGGGCAUCUGGUCUUGACUGAGUAAUCGCUUUUCACAAAGACUGCCAGUUCUUUAUUUCACAACACUGAAGAUUUCUAAUGUGAAGCGUACACAGGGUGAAGGGGCUCCACUGUGUUGACUCUGAAACCUCAACUUUAUGUCACUGGUGAAAUCCUCAUCAGAAAUUAACUUGCUUAAAUUAAUUUUUACAUGUCAUUUAUAAAAUUCCUAUUAAGCAUUAAGACACUUUAAACUUUUGUUUUUUUACUCGAUGGAAUGAUGAAAA